CGGUGGGAGAAAGAUGGUUUGCGGGGGUUUUACUUGCUCCAAGAAUGCGCUAUGUGCGCUCAAUGUGGUGUACAUGCUGGUGGGCUUGCUGUUGAUAGGCGUGGCAGCAUGGGGUAAAGGUUUUGGAAUCGUCUCUAGCAUACACAUCAUUGGUGGAGUGAUUGCCAUUGGAGUUUUCCUUCUACUCAUUGCCAUAAUUGGUUUGAUUGGGGCUGUCAGUCAUCACCAAGUGAUGCUCUUUAUUUAUAUGGUUGUAUUGAUUCUGGUCUUUAUAUUUCAGUUUAUUGUAUCAUGUUCAUGUCUAGCAAUGAAUAGAUCACAGCAGGAGUAUUUCCUGAAUACAACAUGGAGGCGGAUGAGCAAUGAGACCAGGUUGAAUUUAGAAGAAACAUUGGAAUGCUGUGGGUUCUUAAACACUACAGAGGCCAGGGAACUGUUUAAUAAGGAUGUCGCUCUCUGCAGUCAUGUCUGUCCAGACCCUCACAAAUGCCUGAGCUGUGGGGAUAAAAUGUUAAAUCAUGCAGACGAAGCACUGAAAAUCCUUGGAGGUGUUGGGCUUUUCUUCAGUUUUACAGAGAUUCUCGGUGUGUGGCUUGCUUUCCGCUUUAGGAACCAGAAGGAUCCCCGUGCAAACCCCAGUGCUUUUCUAUAGUUUUUUCUUUUUUCGCUUCCUGACUCUUCAAUCAUGUAGUCUCUUCUCCUGUAUCAGUCUCAUUCCUUUGCAAUUCACUUCUCUCCUAUGGGCAACAUGUUCUGUCGUGCAGGGACAUGUGAUGGGGAGAAGCGAACCCCUGGCUAAACCUGAAGAUGGAGGAGCUUCUCUUACAUAUGCAAUCAGAUCACAUUUGCAAGUGUUCAUGAAUUAAAAUGAAUGUUGUGUAUGGGUGUGGGGUCUUAAAAGGACAUUUCAAAACACAGCAGUUUUUAAUAUUUUAAAAUGCAAGCUAUAAACUGAAAUCCACGUGGAGUCCUUCGCAAGAUGUGAAACAAGGGGUCACUUUCUCUUUGCCUUUUUUUUGUUUUGUUUUAAAGAGCGGAUUGGAUGAUGAGCCAAUGUAAAUAUACAUUUAUUUAUAUAUACAAGAAUACAGGCCUAUUGUUCUUGAAAUGAUGUUUUUUAAAAUAAUACAGUUUAAGUAGUGGCAAAUGUAACCCUUUCUGGGUCAGAGUGAAGUCUUUAGGUCAAUAAAUAAACAAAAGGUGUGGUCUUAUGUGGGUUAUGGCUUCUCUGUCAGCCCUGACCACUUAAAGUAUUUUAAAUUCACCUGGUAAGAUUAUGGACGUCAAAAUGUAUUGCUUGACUGGUUUUUUUUCUCUCUGGUAUUUAAGGGAUUAAUGGCAUUGCUGCAAUGCUUCAUGUGACAUGGCAAUCUGCUGCUGUGUGACUUAAAUGUUGCUGAAGAUAUAGGCCUAUUCUGAAACAUGCGAGUGGCCACAUUUAAAGGGCACUGAGAUGAAAAAGUUGCCCCUGUGAAAAGUGUUUUGUAAUGAUAACAUUUAUAUGAAAAUGUGCUCUGCUGCAACAUGGACCUCUGAAUUAUAAAAGAGAAAUUCUAAAGCGAGGCAGGUCUAAUGCUCAGUGUUGCUGUGCUACAAUGUAUAAGGCAGGUGGGCUUGUUUCAAUUGCAGAAUAGUAUUGUCUUGUUUGUAGAUUUCUUCUCUAUAAGUGUCCACAUAUGGGAAGACUAUGUACUGCAAAGUAACAAUAACAGACACUGCUGCUGAUCUACAGAUAUAGAUGCUAACGUGCACCCAUUGGCAGUUAUAUAUGAAAUGUAGCU